AUGGGAAUCGGCCCCGAGCCUCUUCAGGCAGGGGUUUAUAUAGGAGAAGCCAGAGGGUUUCGCGUGGUUAUCACCAAGGGAAAUGGUCAUCUGUUUCAUUCCUCAAGCAGCCAGGAAUCUCCAGAUUCUCCUCCUGAGAGAAUUCAGUCCUCAACACUUAAGGGUCACUACAGAAUUUCUACUCAAGAGACAACUUUCAAGUGUAAUGAAUGUGAAAAAAUCUUUACACAGUUCCUAAGACUUAAAGCUCAUCACAGAAUCCAUGCCAGAGACAAACCUUACAAAUAUAACCAAUGGGAGGAAUCCUUAACAGGUCUCUCAAAUCUUCAUAUUCAUCACAGAUUUCAUACUGGAGACAAACCUUACAAAUGUAAUAAGUGUGGGAAAUCUUUUACAUGCUCCUCGAGUCUUAAAAUUCACCACAGAAUCCAUAUAGGAGAAAAACCUUACAGAUGUAAUGAAUGUGGGAAAUCUUUUACACAGUCUUCAGGUCUUAAAAUUCACCACAGAAUACACACUGGAGACAAACCUUACAAAUGUAAAGAAUGUGGGAAAUCUUUUACAGAGUCUUCAAGUCUUAAAGUUCACCACAGAAUCCAUACAGGAGAAAAACCUUACAAAUGUAAUGAAUGUGGUAAAUCUUUUAUCAAGUACUCAAAACUCAGAACUCACCACAGAACCCAUACUGGAGACAAACCUUACAAAUGUAAUGAAUGUGGGAAAUCUUUUACACAGUCUUCAAGUCUUAAAACUCACCACAGAAUCCAUACAGGAGAAAAACCUUACAAAUGUAAUGAAUGUGGGAAAUCUUUUACACAGUCUUUAGCUCUUAAAUUUCACCAUAGAAUCCAUACUGGAAACAAACCUUACAAAUGUAAUGGAUGUGGAAAGUCUUUUAUAAACUCCUUAAGUCUUCAAAAUCACCACAGAAUCCAUACAGGAGAAAAACCUUACAAAUGUAAUGAAUGUGGGAAAUCUUGUACAUGGUCUUCAGGUCUUAAAAUUCACCACAGAAUACAUACUGGAGACAAACCUUACAAAUGUAAUGAAUGUGGGAAAUCUUUUACAGAGUCUUCAAGCCUUAAAAUUCACCACAGAAUCCAUACAGGAGAAAAACCUUACAAAUGUAAUGAAUGUGGGAAAUCUUUUACAGAGUCUUCAAGUCUCAAAACUCACCACAGAACCCAUACUGGAGACAAACCAUACAAAUGUAAUCAAUGUGGGAAAUCUUUUACACAGUCUUCAAAUCUUAAAACUCACCACAAAAUCCAUGCUGGAGACAAACCUUAUAAAUGUACCGAAUGUGGGAAAUCUUUUACACAGUCUUCAGCUCUUAAAGUUCACCAUAGAAUCCAUACUGGAAACAAAUCUUACGAAUGUAAUGGAUGUGGAAAAUCUUUUACACACUCCUUAAGUCUUCAAAUUCACUACUCAAUCCAUACAGGAGAAAAACCUUGCAAGUGUAAUGAAUGUGGGGAAUCUUUUACAGACUACUGAAGUCAUAAAAGUCACAACAGGUUACAUACUGGAGAAAAAACAUUUAAAUGAAAUCACUGUAGAAUAUCAUUUACCCAGUCCUCAAAUCUUUAAGUUCAGUAUAGAAUCUAGAGAAGAGAUAAUCUUCACUAAUGAAAAAAGUUGGCAAGUCUUUUCCUGGUUCUCAACUCUUCAAAUUCAUCAAAGAAUCCAUCCCGGAAAGCAGUCUUAUAAAUAUAAUGAAUGUGAGAAAUACUUUUCCUGUUCCUCACCUCUUCAAGGUCCCCACAGAAUCCGUUAAGUAGAAAAAACAUUACUAAUGUAAUGGAUGUAAAUAUUUGUUCAAAGGAAUCAUAUCUUCAA